AAGGCUACUACUUUAAUGAGAGUUCUUCACCUUUGUUUACAAUUUUUUUUUUUUGUGUGCAAUUUUAUUGAGUUAGGACUGCAAGUUGCAACAUUCAAGUUUCAACACUCAACAGACAUCAUCUCUAGAUGAUAGAUUUGAUGCGGUUCAGAUAAAAAAUUAGAAACAAGAAUAAAACUCUUCAAACAAUGCUGCAGAUUUUUAAACCCAAUGUUUGCUGUAAAUGUGGUCGCUUGUUGGAUAUGAACCUUAUUAAAUUUUGGUGUAGGCCCACUAGUACUACCAAGGCAACUAAUUUUGUCAUAAGAAAAAAAUUUGAGGUGAAGAGACGAAUUGCUAAAUAUGGUUUAUUGACAUUAUCAACAAUUGGAAGUGGCUUGAUCUUUAUGCUUUCAUCACCUAAGGAAGAACUUAAAAUAGAAGAGACAUAUGAUAAUGUGGACUUGACAAAUAUAUUUCAAGACAUUUUCCAUCACAAAGCUGAAGAGGAUGACAUCAAUGUUGGCAUUGAACAAGAUUGGCAAUUAUAUUCAAAAUUUUCUCCAGAACUAUAUAUUCUGAGCAGAUUGCAGAUAUUUUUUUCAGAACUUGUGCACUUUGAUUUUAGCAAAAUAUGGGGUUGGCUUUUCCCUUGGGAAAAAUCAAAAAGUGAUGAUCCUUGGACUUUAUUAGAAUUAACAAAAUCACAUAAUUUUUGGAUACGACAAAUGGGAAUUGCUUCAUUAGCAAGUAAAGUUGAUUGGCCAGAAUACAAAUACAGAAACAUAGCUCAAGCCUGUGAUGCACGUGUAUUAGUUGCCUUGGCCAGGUAUCCUUAUGCAAGUCAGUGCUACUUUUUGCCACAACCCAAGCUACAUGCAUCAAAAAAUGACAUUGUGAAAGAGCUUCGAGAUCAACUCAAGAAACUUCCUCUUCCUCAUGCUGUUAAUAGUUGCCUGAUGUACUUCAGAUUCUUGGCUUUAGAUCAAGAUUUUUUAUACAAUAAUGACCCUUUUAACAUGGAUAUAAUCAACUAUCCCUACUCAUUUCCUGAAGAUGAAGAGAAGAAAAAAGAGAAGGAUAUAAGUAAUUGUUUGCAAGCAAUAUUAUCUUACACAGCAGAACCAGAUCAUGCCAUCAACUUUGUUUGUAAUCAUGGCUUGGCAGUGCUACAACAUCUGUGUGAAGAUUUUUCAGAUAACUGGAUUCAAAUGUAUGUUGCAUCUAUCCUUACCAACCUAUCUCUUAUACCAGACCUUUUAAACUCUAUAGUUCAGGCAGGUUGGCUAAGAGUUUUACGUCAGUGGAUAAACAGCAGUGACACAGCCUUAUCUUUACAAGCCUUAACAGUGCUGGCCAACUUGGACAGAGACUGGUGGAGCAAAGAGUUAUAUCAAGAUGUCCUACUCAUACAUCCUACUCAGAGAAAUAGCCCUCUUGUCUAUGCUGAUGUAGUACUAGUCCAUGGUUUGAGAGGAGGAGUUGUUAAAACUUGGAGACAGAGAGAUGACAUUCACAAAACGUCUGCUUGCUGGCCAAAAGACUGGUUAGCACAGGAUUGUCCUAACAUAAGAAUCAUCAGCAUUGGAUAUGAAUCAAAGCUACAUAAAUGGGGGGACCACUGCCCUUAUGAGCAGGACAAACGGACUAUUGAAGGCCGCAGCAGAGAAAUUAUUAAAAAGCUACAAAAGGCAGGAGUAGGAUCAAGACCUAUAAUCUGGGUUGGUCAUUCAAUGGGAGGUUUGCUUAUUAAAAAGAUCAUCACUAUUGGUGAAACUGAGGAUGAGUUCAAAAAGCUAGCAGCCCAGACCAAAGGUCUCCUAUUCUACAGUGUACCUCACCAUGGCUCUUCUGUAGUGGAUGCUAUAAUGUAUGCCAAGUAUUUACUUUUCCCAUCAGUAGAGGUACAAGAAUUACAUUCUUCUUCCCCCAAACUUGCAGCACUUCAUGACAACUUUGUCAAAUUUGUUCAGAAGAAUUCAGUUCCAUGUCUAAGUUUUGGAGAAAACGUCAAGACCACAUUUGGCCGACCACUUCCAAAACUCUUAGUUGUGCCUUCUGAUUCAAGUGACCCUGGUGUAGGAAAAUUUGUCACUUUACCUAACAAUCACAUUGAGACCUGCAAGCCCUGCAGUCAAGAUGAUGUCAUUUACCAGUUGACUUGCAACUUUAUCAAGAACAUUCUGAUUUCAAUAAAACAACAUUUCUGAACUUUUCAUUUUGAUUCUAAAAAUUUGCACUGGACAGCAUCUCUAAGACAUCUCAUGAAACAUUCACACACAACAUCAGGUCAAAAAAUGAACAUUUUCAUAGAGCAAUUAAAAUGAUUGUUGUUUUGAACAGCUCUUGUAAAUAUUGUCAUAAAGAAUCAUUCAGGUUAAAAACAUGUACUUGACAAUUUAAACAUGGACAUAGUGAUCUUUCUUUUUUCAAUAGUAUUAUUUUAAUACAAAUAUUUAUUAUAUAUGUAUCUUUUUUAUCUUAAGCAGUGUAAGUUUUUAAUUAUAUAUAUAUAAGGGGCAGAUGAAAGAAUCUAGUCUCAUUCUAAUUAACAUAUUCUUUAUAAAAAGUCUAUUAGCUUUGCUUGUCAACUUUUAUUUUGAGAUUCUUUUUAUGUUUACAGGGUGAAUAGAAAUUUUUUUUUAGUUUUUAGAGUGUCUAUCUAGUUUAGAUGUACUUUGUAUAUUGAUAGGCCCAUAUCUAAUGUUUGACAGAUACUAUUUUAGAUUUUUUUCUGUCUCUUUUUAAUAAAAAAAAAAUAUUAAU